UUGUAACGCAACGCUCGCAGUGCGCUACUGUCCGCUAUGCUUAAGUGACAACACAGGCACCAUUUCGCAUCCCACUACGUUGUCGCUCACUGCGCCAGCCAAAGAUUUUUAGCAGUCAACACCGCAAUCUAGUAUAUAAGGCUUCUACUUAUCACCUGGAGAACUCAACGGGACCCGAGGACAAGACCGAGUCAAGACCAAGUCCGACCGCCUACGCCCGUCAAGAUUCAAGACGCAAUGAUAUGGCUCCCUCGCGAGACGCCUGCUAGGUUACCAGAGCUGAACUUGGGAGGUCAUAUUGGGCAACUAGGGUCCAAGAAGUGCCACUAGGCUCGCGAAGAGAACCGUAGGAGCCUACCGGCGGGUCAACAUUCGCACCACCGGGCAACCCGUAGCUUCCCGCGAGCAGACCGGCCCAUAGCAGUCUUAUAUCUAUCAUCUCGUUGCUAUACAGACUGCUCUGCAAGACCACCGUCUGUAGUUAGGAACCUAGCCAACAUUCCUGGCUUGAAUUCCCAUUGACUGACCUCGAGCACUCAGGACCGGGCCAGCCGACGCCCUGCCCCGCGCUCUGUUUCCCUUACCCUAUUAACGACCCCGGUUUCCCGUGCACCUAUCAGGCCCAACGGCAAGACGCCCUCCGAGCGGCCGCCGAUGCGCAGCUCCACGCCGAUAACGACCAGCAGCAGGCCCAACGGCAAGACGUCCUCCGAGCGGCCGCCGAUGCGCAGCUCCACGCCGAUAACGACCAGCAGCAGGAGCAAGAAGCAAGGCUGCAGCCCUCCCCGGCAAGAUUCCCUGCUGCGAACCUUGAGCAAGACGUUCGGGAGCCGCCGCCUGGCUCCGUACGGCCUGCAUCCGCCCAGCAUUACAACCUGCGCACCGGGGGAGGACGGCACCUCCGCGCGGCUCUACCCCGCCGGCUCUAGCGGCAAUACUGGAGCGCGACGAACAUCCCCGCAACCUAUUUCCGGGCGACGGAUCGGCCGCAGCGGCCCCCGCGGGUGCUGACCCCCUCCCAGCGAACGCAGCCCUGCCGGCCGAGCCAGCCGCACCCCCACCCGCAGGAGUCCACAUGGCCGCCGCCCCGCCUGCACCCUGCGCUUCUGCGACAGCCGUCGCCAGCGAGAGACCCAGCAACCCCCGCGAGGACCCAGCUCCUUCCCUGGCAAAGAACGACCUGCAGGCCUUCCUCUGGCAGGCGCUGCAGAGCAUCCAACGCACACGGACGGUACCUCCAUCCCCGGCAAGCGGCGACCCGCCUAAGCAUUCAGCACCCCGCCCUGCUCCGCGCCAGCACGCCGCCCAGCGUCCCACCCGCGACCAGCAUAUCCCGCUGAACUGGGCAUCCCGUUCUACCAGGAGAAGCCUGCCUCCCGCCUCCUGCAGACACUUCCCCGCACCGCGCAAGCAAUCCUGCAAGAAGAGUUCAGCGCUCUCGUUCAAGAGCUGCAGCAAAAACACAUCGCCGACAGCGUCCCAGCAGAGCACGCCAGCGUCAUGGUGACCAAGGCUAUCAGGCGCUUUGCGGACUCCACUGCGGCCAACAACCAUGCGCCCGGUCAAGAUGCACCUCCGGGCCAUGAAGGAUUGGGCGCCCCUCAUCAAUGGCACCAACCCGUCCGCGGCCCGCCGGCUGCGCAUGCUAGUCCAGCGAGCCGAGGCUCAUUCCCGGGGAGACAACAAGAUGGGGGAGAUCCGCGACCACAUGUGGCCAGCUGCCAUCCACUUCCGCCGCGCCCUGGCGGGCAUGGAGGCUGCCCGCAACUCUUCAAGGAGCCUGUGAUGCAGCAGCUGGUCGAGGCCAUGAGCAGGGCGCCGCAUGCCCGGGGCCCCAACCACGGAGGCACCUCGCAGCCCCCCCAGCCGCCGGCGCAGCCGCAAUACCAGUACCAGGCGCCCCCACCGCAGCAGCACCAGUACGGCGGCGCCCACCAGGCAUGGCGGCAGGGCCGUGAGGACCCGAUGGAGCCCAUCCGCGCAGCAGCAGCAGCAUCCCGCCUGGGGCGCAUGUCGGAUCAGCAGCUCAGGCAGGAGCUGACGGUCCGCAAUAUCUGCCUGGCAAGGCAGGGGUGUGCGCCGCGCGUGCAACUAAACGCACAUCCACCAGGGCCAGCUGGCGGCGGCACUAAGCCAGGACCCCCGCCACCGGCGGCGUGGCCGGCGCAGCCACCGCCGCAGGCAGGAGGCCAGCCCGCGAGCGGACGCUUCCCGGCGGGGCCGCCUCCGGGAGCUGGAGCGGCAUCAGCAGGAUUCCAGGCAUGUCGCAGCCCUGACCAUGAGCUCUGGCGCCACGAGUUAGCGCAACGAAUGCAGAGGGCUAGGUCCUUGGGGUAGCUUUUUCGGGCGAUGACAGGCUCAACUAGGCAUAGGAGUGAAGGAUGUUACGGGACUACUCGGAUACCUUGGCCCUGAGGGGCUAUGCAAUGGCGGAGAUACUCACUUGUUGCGCUGUGUGGCUCUAUGCAUGCGCAGACAUACGGGACUAGGCAGCGGCUCGAGUGCGAUGUAGGACAGCGUGUCGGUCCAGGCUGUCUUUUGCCCUCGGAUCUGGAACAGGACGUAGCAUGGAAGGCAUGCGGUGACCCCAGUGAAGCCUGGGACUUGGGCACGGACCCAUUGCUGAGCCCGGCGCUGGCCACCCCUGUUGGUAACAAAGCAACCCCA